UUGACAUUUUUGAGAGUGUGAAUGAGGCAGAAACUGAGGUUUUGGUAACCAAAGAGAAAACUCAAAGUGUCACUCGACCAUUCUCCAACUGAGUGAAGUCAUUAUCCUCCCUAAGCGUCAAGACCUGCUUCCUAAACCUCACCAACCGCAUGAUUCAAGUCCUCCCACACUUGACAGUUUGUAUGAACUCCAAAAUACUAAGAUUCUAAGGGAUUCAGUGAAAGAGUUAACAUCUAUGGUGAAGGAGAUGAGUGGGCAAAUCAAGAAGCUCCAAGGUACAAUGAGAAGUUCUCCUCCAAGGAAAUUAAGGAAGAGGUUUGGGAUAAUGAAGAAGAGCUGUUCAUUUCUUGUUGAACCUGGGCAGAAUGUUAAAGAGUAUCUGGCUAGACAAGACAUUCUAAAGGGGUCUCCGGAGCCUCUCUAUGACCCUCCCAAAGCAUAAGAAGUAUGCAAAGUCAAGCUCAAAGACUUUAAACAAGCUCACUUGGGAGGAAGUUCCAAAGGUAUCACUGCAAAAAAAAUUUAGGAUCCUUGUGUUUUUUAUUUUUGUUUUUAGUUUUCUGGUGUUCAGGAAUCUACAGAAGGAAGUAUGGGCAACAGAAAAGGAAAAGUGAAAGUAGCAGAUUGACCUCUAUGAACUCAACGUCAAGACUACUGGAGGCAACCAACGACUCGAACGGAUCUGCUCGACUCGACCCUCUCAACGCUCUCCAACUAUCCGACUCGACCGCCGUAGCUCGCCGCUUCCCUCGAGUCGACUAGACUCCACUCGAUCCGCCAAGUUGUCCCACUCGCUCCAUUGAGUUAUCUUAGUCCAACGUCAUCCCACUCGAUCACCGUUCAUCGCUGCCAUGCCACUAGAGCCAAGAUCUUCCCUCUCGACUCACGCAUUGAAGACACCCUCAAGUCACGGUGGUUAGACCCGAUCGGUUCAGCAUAACUGCCUUUGUGCUUUGAGUUAAACAUGUUUCAGAGAAGUAGAAAGAGCACUGAACUAAUAGAUGAAAUGAGAGAUGCAUAUGUUUGUGUGGGUGGAGAACGGUCAUCGCCUAUGUUCAUGGCUAAGCGUUUCUUAGAAAUGAAGAACUUAGAUUGAGCAGAAGAUUGAGCAUCAAGGAGAUUAUCAGCCAACAGAGGUUGUGGUGUUAUUAUCGAACCAUUACGUCUCUCGAGUCGAUGACAUCCAGUGCGACGAGCAGCGGAACUUUUAUUAGAACACACAAGGGGUUGAGCAGCAAGUCGUCAAAGCAGCUAAGAUCACUCAUGCGGAUCCAGAAAAGGAUGAGGGACAAAGUCAGUUUCACGCUCCUCCUUGGGCGAGCACCGACUCAUUCUUCUACUACUGAGGUGUUUAGGAGAUGUCCAGACUGUUCGAACCAAAUGGAGGCUGAGACACGCGACUCGACCGAUGCACUCCUAGGACAGACGACACGCGACUCGACCGACUCACUCCCAAGACUAACGACACGCGACUCGACCGACGCACUCCCAAGACUGACGACACGCGACUCGACCGACGCUCCCGGGAGAGAAGCAAUGCGACUCGACCGACAUGCGACUUGGACACGCUCCCAGGAAGAAGCAUCAGCAUCCCACUCGACCGACCACGCCAAACAUCCGACUUCUUCCACCUCUAUGAUCAAGUCGAGUGAAGAUUUUACAUUAAAAUUGUAGGGAAUUGAGUCAUCUUUCUAAUGCUGUUUAUUUCAAGC